ACAAAUAUAUAUCCUUGUAUGGAUGAAGAUGUCCAAGUGACAGUGUGAGAGUUCAGACUGGACAGAGUGCUCCUGAGGGUGACAGCCAGUGCUGUGCUGUGUGUGCUGCUAAUGAGCUUCACUGGAUUGCUGUGACUCUUCCCUUCUCUUCACACAAACGGCCCCUGGGAUGAGGGCAGUGGAACUACAGCAAAGUGACACCUUGCAGUCAUUGAUGCUACAAGAACUGGCUUUUGUGCACAUAAGCCUGAGUGCCAGGUUAGCCCAAGUCACUUUUUCUCAAGUAAGCUCACACAGUCUUUAUUGCCACUGGCAUUGUUUUUCCAAACACCAUCAUAAAAGCUGGGUCACAAACUCAGCUCCAUGGUUAAACAGCUGUAUUUAAGUUAAAUGAAGCGUAAGCAGACCUGCAGUCUAUAGAAAAAACUUCUGUAGAUUUUAAAACCUGUGCAAUAAGUCAAAAGUUCCACACACCAAAGGUGUAAGAAAUUUUCCUGCUGAUAACCCACCACUUUCUUAAACUGCCUUUCAAAGUGCAGAGAGCUGAUUAAAGGGCAAGGGUAUGUCAGCUGGGUAAUCACCUAAAAUGUUCUUUUAGCAUUACUCAACCACUUCUGUUAUUUUCCAAGAAGAUUUAACAAAAGCAUCUAGGAAAUAAUGGUGAAAUGCACCAGAAAAACUUUUCUAUUUUGUCCUCAAAACACCUUGUGGUGAAAAACUUUUACAGUAAGCUUUAUGCUCUUGCAUUCCAGCUAAUUUUUUUUAAUCUAGAGCAUUAGCUUUUAUUCUUUUGUGCCUUUCAUUUCUCCAGUGUAUUUUAAAUGUAAUAUUUAACAGAAUGUAGUAACAUCCUCCUAUUCAGCAUCGCUCAUUCCUGUCAAUGCUGUAAAGGCUAACUACUGUUUUCAAGAUAUUUGACUGCUAAUUGUCUCUGAGAAUUUGAGACUAUUGAUUGACCAGGGGUGAACACAAGUAUUGUUCAGCACACUUGUAGGCAUAUAAAAAUCAUACUGUCUUCAAUGAGCUGCUGACACGCCCUGAUGAAGCAGGCUCAGCAUAACACAAAGCCCUCAGUUCUUGUGAUGUGGUACAGCCAUCUGCUGAUGGCUCCUCUCCAGUCAUUACUGAUUCAUUCUCUGAGUGUUUCUCAACUUCCAGUUUCUAAUACAGUCAUAUCAGUCCCAGUGUUGAGGUAUGGUAGGGAAAACGCAUCUAGAUGAACUCACAGACGUAACGAGUCUUUAGAACUUGUUGUUGACAUGCUGACAGCAAGAGAUUUACCCUUGUUCCAGUUUUGAAUUGGUGUGUUAGCUGGACCUCUGCUGGUGAAAAAGAAGGCAGCAGGAGCAAGUUCCUAAGAGAAGGAGCAAUCUUGUAUCAGAACCUGCAAUGCAUACAGAUUUAUCCAGUAUAAAGUAUUAACUCUGCUAUCAGUCCACAUCAGUCCAUUACCACUCCACAAAAGCUUGAGCUUCAAUGAAUGAAACCCCAGCGACCCACAAUAAAAAUGGCAAUGAAUGCACAUGUAACAAUAAGCUGUGUAUGAAUAAGUUUCUUCUGCAAAUCACAUCAUGAGCACAGACAAAAGUGGAGAUAAGCUGGGAGCAGUCCCCAGAUUUCCUCAUUAUACCCACAGGUUAUUUAAUAACUAAAAAAGUGUACACCGUAGUUAUCCAUUGUAUGUGAUGUGAAAUCACAUCCUGUGCAAGAUCAUUUUGGGUCAUGUUCAUUUUUUUAAACUGUGAAUGCCAUUUUAUCAGUUCACACAACAAGUCGUGUGUUUACUGGGGAAGAAAGACACCCUGUGGAAGUUUUACCCAAUACUUAGCUUCAACAUAACACAAAUUACUGAUUUGUUUUAAAUUUUCUCACUAAGGAAUGCACUGUGGUUAUCAUAAAAUCCAUAAUGUCAUCUCAUUCCUAGAGAAUUCUAAAGGCCAGCAAAAGCUUGUUCUUUAUACCCCUUUGUCUAGUUUUUUUGGUCUAUUUUAAAUGGUUCAGGCAACAGGUUUUCCAAUUUCCCCACAGCAAUUGCUCCACAGUAACAAAGGCAGCAGACCAAGGAUACAGCUGUGCUCAAGCUGGAGGAACUGCUCUGGCCCAGCUCCUGAGCCAGCUCUGCCUAAGCUGCAGCUGCACUUCUGGAUUUCCAAAGACUAUCUGGACCAGUAACACUAUAAAGACUGGAAGUUGCUGCUCUUCCUAGCCUUUUAUUUUACCACUCUGUCCUCACUCUGUCCUGCUGGAAUGGCUGGGGUGGGCAGGGAUCUCUGGAGAACCUCAAGUCCAAGGUCCCUGCUAAAGCAGGGUCACACAGAGCAGGUUGCACAGGAUCUCAUCCAGACAGCUUUUGAAUAUCUCCAGAGAAGGAGACUCCACAACCUCUCCGGCCAGCCUUUUCCAGUUCUCUUUUGAUCUCAAAAGAAAAUUUUCCUCCUAUUCAGAUGAAACUUCUUGUGUAUUAGUUUGUGCCUGUUGCCCCUUGUCCUGUCACUGGGCACCACUUGUUCCCAUUCUCUUGAUACCUUUUUACAGAUAUUUGUGGGCAUUUAUAAAAUCCUCUCUCAGUCUUGUAAUUCUCUGUUUUCAACAGGCUCGACUCCCUCCACCUUUCCUCAUAAGAGGUGUUUCCUCCACUAGAAGAAAAUACAGGCACUGAUAAAAUAUCAAAUACAAAGUUCUUGAUCUCUGUAUGCUUUCUCAGGACUGCUUAUGAGAUCAAAGAAAGUGUCCUAAUGGCAGGGGAUUUGGAACCAGAUGGUUUUUAAGGUCCCUUCCAACCAAACCAUUCUUUGAUUCUAUGGUGUGAUAAAGAAGUUGAUAGUUGCAGUGGGACAAGAAUCAAUAAUAAUAUAAAUCUCACGCACUUAGGAACCACCAGUAAGAGUUUCUUCUGAAGAUGGGAGCAAGAAACAAGACUCAUUAGACUGUUUCAAUGCCAAAACGAUUACGGUUACCCCACACUGCAACUAUGUAAAAGACAAAUACAAUGGCAGAAGCAGGAAGAAGCCUCUCCGAGCUGGGAACACAUUGAUGGUAAGGAAGAAGCAAUGACGAGUGUCGUAGAACCAGGAACAGGCGCGGCAGAACUGUCUGAGGGAGGCAGGGACCACGGGGCUGCUCGCCGAUCAGGGCCUCUGUCCCUCCGACGGGGCGCUGGGGUCACCGCGCCCCGAGCAGCCGGGCGCCGCCUCAGCGCAGCGGCGAGGGCGGGCCGCGAGCGAGCACGGCGGCAGCACGGCCCCGGCCUAGCGGAGGAUCACCGGGGCCGCCUCUCCCACCGCUUCUCCGGGCCCCAGCUUCGUCCCUGCUGCCGGCCGCAGCCGCUCCCUGUCGCUGUCCCCAUCACGGUCGCUGUCCCCGCCGCUGUCCCCAUCACUGUCACUGUCCCCAUCACGGCCGCCGUCCCCGCCGCUGUCCCCGCCCCGCCCCGGCCGUUGGAGGUUUGAAAGGCGCGCGCACGCCCGCCCCGCCCCGCGCGCGCGCGCCACGGGGGCGGCGCCCCGUGCUCAGCCAUGACAGCGGGAAGCUGCGGCCGGCCCCGGCAGCGCCCCGCUCCGCGGCUCUCGCCCGGGACGGGCGGCCAGGACGCUGUCAUGCAGGACCCUACCCCGGAACGCGCCGAGGAGAGCCGGGCGGCGGCCUCGGCGGAGGGCGGCGGGGCCUUCUGUCUGCAGAGGGUGUUUGACGAGGUGCAGGGCUCCUCGCAGCUGAGCGCGGCGCCCGCGGAGCCGCCGGCCGUGACGGUGGUGGCGGUGGAGCGCUACCUGGCGCAGGCGCCGCCCGCCGCUCCCCCCCGGUACUGGUACGACGUGACGCUGGCGGACGGCGCGCGCUGGCACCGCUGCCACCUCGCGCCGCGCCUCAACGGGCUCGUGCAGCGCGCGCGCCUGCGGGCGGGCACGCGCCUCCGCCUCACGCGCUGCUCGUACCGCUACGACGAGAGGCGCCUGAACCGCGGCUUCUUCUGCCUGGAGGGGCUGGAGCGGGCGGGGGGCGCCGCCACCGCCUCCGCGGGCACCCCGCCCGACGGGCACCGCCCGCUCCAGCCCCUCCGCGGGGACAAUAGGCACUACCUGCCGCUCUGGAACAACGAGGAUCCCUAUGGAGACGUGUGGGUACCGGACAGGCCCCCGGUGCAGGUGGAUGUGGAUGUCUCCAAACUGACUAAUCUUGGUCAUCUGGAAAUGACAUGGAGAAGCAGCGUGCAUUUCCAUCCACUUCUUGUGAGAAUCCUGCACAAAUCUAGACUAAGGUACUAUGGAAAACCAGAGAAAAAAAUGGAUAUGCCUUAUCAGGCUUACUUUGAAGUUGCUGAUGGCUCAGGCAUGAUGUCAAUGGUUCUGUGGAAUUCUCUGUGUCCUGAAUGGUAUCACAGUAUGAAGGUUGGCACGGUGCUCCUCCUUGCCAAGUAUGCCAUCAAAUCCAGUUACCCGUUUAAAACACAGCCCACGCCAGGAGAUUCACAGAUGAAGAGAUUUGCUACAAUUGAAAUUUGCCUUAAUGUUCGAGAUCCUCCUACUGAAAUAACUAUUAUUCCAGAAGAAAUGGUUAAACCAGAGUGGGGAUUACCUGAAGUUAAAUAUAGGUUUAUCACAAGGUCAGAGCUGGAUGACUUACCGCACAAUCAUUCCUGUGAUGUUAUUGGUCUUGUGACAUUUGUAGGAAGGGCUGAACGAGCCAGAAAAAGAGGUUUUUCUAUAAAUCUGACUUUCAGAACUUAUCAAAUGGUUUCUAUAUUUCUAAGUAAAUGCUUAACAUUUUUCUUAAUAUUUGUUUAUCUAGAACACAGUGAAGACUUCUGGCUGUAUCGUUGGGCACAUGCCAUUGAUGGGACCUCAGACCAGCCGUUCAUACUGGAAUUGUUUGCAACUUCUCAGCCAGAUGUGUUUGAGCGUAUUCAUCCAAUGACAUACUUGGUGUGCACACAGAUGAGAGUGAUGACUGAGAAUCCUUCCAGGACAGUUUACCUUACGACUUCAAAUGAAAGUCAAAUAUUCAUUACAGGGUGGCACAAGGGCCAGCCAUACACUAAGGAUGCCAAAGUGAAAAACUUCAUUCAGUGGACAAAAUCGCAAAGUGAAGCUGAUCAAAUAAAGAAAACUGUCAUCGGUGGCUAUUACCCUUUUCCACGACCUCCUGAUAGCUUUUUGAAAUACUGUAAAAACAAUGAAGUUGAAUCAGUUUUGAAACCCAUAGGUGAAGUAGAGAAAGAGAUUGAAGACCUGCACUACAGAGAACACAAGCGAAUUGCUGUACAGGGAAUAAUUAGUGCCAUAAGAUACAUCAGCUGUAGCAGUGCAGCUGAAGAAGCCCCAGGAGGGGAGCUGGUCCAGAAAGAUACCUCUCAGUCUCUUGGAAGUUCUUGUGUGUCCAAAGAAGACUGUGCUAACACGGGAAAAAAUGAAGAAGUUAAAUCUUUUCUGGGGCCACCGUGCACCCCUGGGGAACAUCAGGACCCAGCUCUGCUGUCAAAGGGGAGUUCAGUCAAGAGAAAGACAAGCCGCAGAUUCAGAAGAGAUGCAGAACAGGGAGGUACACCUGUUAAUCCUGUAUCAUCUUACCCCUAUUUUACGCGGACUGUAAGAAGAAAACUUGGCUUAGAUGAAUAUCAGCAUGGACAUUCUGUGCAAGAUAAAAAUGGACAGGCUGUGUCAGACAGUUUGGAGUAUUCCACAGAUCAAGAAGGAGUGAAUAAUAUGGCUGAAACUGAAGAGCCUGGAAGAACUUGUGGUUCCUGGCAGAGUGACCUGUGGGCAGAAGUGAAAGACAAGUUAAUGAAUUAUUUCCAUCACAGCAAAAUUUUCCCAGAAAGUGUCCCAUGUAAAUUUGAUUAUGUGCACAAAGACUUACUUAUGCAACAGUACAACCUUCAUGCAGCAGUGCACCAGCCAAUAGAAGCCAGAACAGAUAAAAACAUCAAUGAGUUUAAAAGUGCUAAUAGCCUUGGGUAUUAUGAAGUGACAGUUCUGGGUAUAAACCAUGACAUAGCAAUAGAUGUUGCUUUUCUUCCACUGUUUUGUCCUGACAAUCCCCACUUGUUUCAACUGGAAGACAUUCAGAAUGAUACAUUGUUGUCUUGUAUGAGUUGUAUCUCUGCGUGCCAGCAGAAGGCCACCAGCAGUGGGAGGCUUGGUGACGCUUUUCCUCUUUCAGAUGAAGUUGUGAGAGCAGCGAAGGAGCUCGAUGGCAAACAUGUUAUCUGCAUCUUGGACAUGUGUCACUUGGGUGAUGACAAGGUGGAAGUCUUUCUGAGCAAAAUCUACAAGACAGUGGAACCAGGUGUGCUGGAUCCAGUGUAAUUUAAUAACUUAAUUUUCAAAUGUAUAUUGUUCCAAAGGAGGGAAAUAAACUUGCUGUAACUGGAAUCCACCCUCUACACAUUGCACUUUUCUAGAACUAGCAGACACAAAUAUAAAAUCAUGAUUCUUAGGGCAGUUGUAAUGGUCAUCCAUUAACUGGGAAGGACAAUUGUUGCGUUUAUUUUUCAGUCCUGAAACAGGUUAGACAAUGUCUUAGUUGCUGAUGUUCAAGGAUGAAUAGGCAGUACAGAGAGCUGAUCGUUUGGCAGGAUACCAGGGAGUAAAACUGAUUGUCAGCUGUCUUUCUUUGCCUGUGCACAAACAUACACAGAAAAUGUAUAUAUCUGGGUGAGAACUGAGGAGAGAGGCAAGCUCUCCUAAUAUUUAAGGCAGUGUUUGCAAAAGAAUUAAUGGGCUCUGAUAAAAAUUUUGGCUGAAAAUUAGAAUAAUUUUGAGGAUUAGAGUUUUGAUAUUCUGUAGUGAUCUUUUUAGUGAAAGCUACCAGAGGCAGCCUAACUGCUCUUUAGGCUUGAAGCUUAUUGAGAAAGGGAUUCAAUACCAUGGUGCCUUUAGUACCAUGAUCCAGGAAACCACUUUCAGUUCUUUUCACCUGAGCAAGGUCAGGUGCUAUGUUUUUAUAUGCCUGCUUUUGUACACAGAGUGUUAGGUAGUGAGUAUAGCAUCCAAACCUUUUUAACAUAUUUUAUUCAUUAAUACAAGUAAUGAAAUAUUUUUUUAAAGAUUUUUUUAAUUGAAACUUGCUUUGAGCUUUGCAAGGGAAAACUGUCUUUAAGAAGUGCUAAUUAUGGCAGGAUAUACAGUUUGCUACAUCAUUUCUAGGUGUGAUCUGAGAACAUGAAGUUCAGCCAAUAUGAGAAGCUGCUACUUCCACAAAAGCAAAGGACUGGAAAAUUCUGCCAACUUUUUGCCUCUACUGAGGAGCAAUUGGCUCCUGCUGGUCCAGAAUCAAGUAGCACAUUUUUCUCCCAUGUCAAACAGCCUCAAAUCACUUAAGGAACUGGAUUCUUACAAAAUUAUUUUCAAGCAGGAGCUCUUUGACUACUUGUCCAUUUGAAAUGCUGCUCUCAGUUCAAUUCUUUAAGAAAGAAUUAUGGAGACUUGCCAGGUAAAUUGUACCAUUAUUGACCAAAGCCCACAGAGUUAAUUUAUAGGAACAGAUAAAUUCUUAGGCACAUUUUAGCAGCCUGUUGGUAAUUGGAGAUUAUCUCUUUCAAGUAGUAGUAGUCAGUUGUCUGCCCUGGUGGCAGUGAACUUUGUCCUCAAGUGCUUAAAGUCUGUGCCCUAUUUUCAGUUAAUGGCAAUUUGACUGAGAAAUGUAAUUGAUUUUGUUGCAUACAAGUUCACAGACAACUUCAGAUAAAAAGUCAUGAAAUUAAUAAAAUUGUGUCUUUCUAGUGUAGUUUACAGUUUAAAAACAUAUUAAGAAGAAUAGUUUAACUUGAAUUGCACUGCAUCUAAAAGUCAAUUAAAUGUGACUGUAUUAUAUCUGUCUAUUUAAUAUGAAUCAGAAGUAUUAGUUCUGGAGCACUGUUUGUCAACUCAUGCCUUUCAGAGUACCCACAGAAGGCAAAAUGAAAAGAUACAACCCAAGAAGAGCAGGGUGUUUCUUGCAGUGUUAUUUGGGUCGUUGUGCUGCUUGUGGGUACGUGAAGGUGAGAGGCCAUUGCUGUGAGAGAGAGUCACACAGCACUUCAUGUUCCAAACUGAGCCAUGCUGACUGUGUCAGCCAAUGUUUUUUAUUUACAUAUACUUCAGAUGGAAGUCUAAUUUUAAUGAAACUCUUUUUUUUUAAGGCAAUUUUUGAAGGAAUUAUCUUUGUCCUCACAAAAAGACUGAUCUGGCUGACAUUGUCCCAGAGCCACAUUGGUGAGAUGGUCCAGCCACCUUUCUUCACCCCAUGCCAUAGAAAUGGAGCCAAAGGCUGUUUGUGGCAUAGUACAUAAAGCACUAAAAACUUCAUCCUAUAUGUUAGGACUUCCUAACUCUAAAGGAGAUACCAGAAUUAUGUGGGAUAUAGAUAAUGUUUUAAAACAUUAAAGGAUAUAAUUUUAUUUUGCUCAAGUGUUUGAAAUUUUUCAUGGCUAAGCUGGGAAGGAGGGAUAUUUGCUCUUGCAGAUUGGGGUGCCAGUGUUGGAAGUACAGGCUUUCUGUGUGCAGCUGGUGAAUAUCCAAUGCCUGUAGUAGGCUUGGAAUUUUACUGCUUUAGAUCAUUCUGUAGAGUUACCAUCCUGCUAAAUAACACUGGCCUUAAUAAGUGGAGUUCAGUGGCUGAAGUGCUGCAGUGUUGCUGUGAUUCUGCCACUCUGCCUGUCUCCCUCCUCCCUGCCAAUCCACCUCUGCCAGACUGGAGCAAAGGUCCUCUGCAAAGAAACCACUUGCUCUUUUACUUCAUUCAGUGUUUAUUAACAUAAGUGUAAAACAAAUUGAUUUUUGGUCUUGAGUCUGUCAAAACGAUAGUUUUGCCAUGUUAAACUAAGAGACAGAAUCAUUACUCCUGCAAAAUGUCAAAGGGAUCCCCUUUAUUGCUGCUGUGUAUUGCUACUGCUGCUGGUGAAAUAAUAUUGGAGCACAUUUCUUUACUGUGGAAGGUGUACCUGACUAAAGAAGUGUGCUCUAAAACGUUACAUGUACAUGUUUCUUGUGUUUUCAGCAUUAAUUUCAAGGAAUGGAGAAAGGUAGAGGAUAUGUACAUAGUGGUACUUUUGAGUUUAUAAAAGUUCCUAAGUCAUAGAGCAUAAACAUAAUACUAAUUUUGAAUUAAUGUGAUGUAGAAGUUGUGCAACACUGAAAAGCAUAGACUAUAAAUAAAUUAAUAUAUGUAAACA